AUGGCACUGACUGUCCACCAGGAAAACACGGGGGAUGGGUUUUUGUUGUGAUUCCUGUGUACAUGCUGCUCAUCACUGUGUUUGGGAGUGUGUUCAAUUUGUUUGUCCUGAUGGUUUUCUGCUUUAACAAGAAGGCCUGCACUGUUCCUGAGAUCUACUUGAGCAACCUGGCUGCUGCUGACCUUGUUUUAGUUUCUAGUUUGCCAUUCUGGGCUGUCAAUGUAUCCAACCACUACAACUGGCCCUUUUCUGCUACCCUGUGCAGACUGGUCAGCGUUUCCAUUGGCAUGAACACCUACUGCAGCAUCUACUUACUCGCUCUGAUUAGCAUAGACCGCUUUUUUGCUCUGGUGCACCCACUGUCCCAUAUUAGAAUGCGCAGGCCGAAAUAUGCUAAACUUGGCUGUCUGCUGGUAUGGGUUUUCAGUUUGCUAAUGAAUAUCCCCAUACUAAUGUACAGGAAGGUGAAAUAUUACCCCAACAUUAACACUACAACAUGCUUUCUUGACUACCCAAACUUCUUCGUAUACAUUGUGUAUGAGGGGAUACUAACUAUGUUUAUCUUCAUUAUUCCAAUUUCCAUAAUUUCCUUCUGUUCUCUCAAGAUAAUUAAAACUCUGAAAAAACGGAAAAACACCCUGAAAAAAGAGAUGAAGGCCACCACUCUAGUGUUGGCAGUCCUCCUGGCAUUCCUGGUCUGCUGGAUGCCAUUCCAUCUUGUUAGGAUAGUACAAUUGCUCGGUGAGGCUGGAGUGUUCAGACAGUGUAAAUUUGAAAUUAUGAUUGACAUCUGUAGGCAGGUCUUCAUCUACUUAGCCUUCUUUAACAGUGUUCUCAACCCUGUCUUAUAUGUCAUUGUGGGAAAGAACUUCCGGAAUAAAGUCAAGGAACUGUUUAAUCAAUGGAGCCUUAGAGAACAUACCAACACCACCUCCACAAGCUCAUAAGUGUUUAGAAUUAUUGAAAAUUAGCAUGUCUGAAGACAACCCACAAAAGCUAAUUUUUUUUGAGAAGCUUUGGAUUUUUUUUCCUUCCUAGAAUGUAUAUGCUUAAAGUGUGUGGUAAUAAAUUGUUCAAGUUUUAACCACAUUAUGUUUAUGUCUGAAUACUAUAUUCCUUCAGAUAGACAGGGUCAAAAUGUUACCAUUUACUGGCUAGGAGAAGCACAAGGCUGGAUAUACUACCAGUAGUGCUCAUAUUAAGCGCAUGCCAACUAAGCAUAAUGUACUUAACCAUUGCUGGUUAAGCAAUGUCAAGUACU